GUCGUCUGUCAUCAUGUCAUUGUCGUAUUGUUGUUUACUGUUUUAGAAUUCUAAAAUAAUAAUCUUUAAGAGAUAAGAUAACUUUGAAUAGAGCGAACAUAGUUCAGAAAAUAACGUCAUUAUAUUCUCAAUAGCUGUGCGCCGAAAUAAUUAAGUGUAAACAUGUUAGUAUCUAAAUUAAAUAACCUUAGGGUUUUAGUCAAAUCUAUUGGGCCGAGGUUACUAUCGACAGCUUACCAACAGCAGGGCGACUAUGUUGGACCCGUAGUUUUUCAUAAGCUGACUGGUGCUGAUAAGGGGAUCGCAGUGUAUGGUUUAAACAGCCCUAAAGACAGAAAUGCUUUAGGUUAUGAUUUAAUUAAGGCUAUGAAGGAAGUAAAUCAAAUUCUUCGAGAAGACACCAAAAUUUCUGUAGUGAUACUUCAUAGUCUAGUGCCAGGAAUAUUUUGUGCUGGAGCAAACUUAAAGGAAAGAUUUCAAAUGACUGAUGAAGAAGUUACAGCUUUUGUUCGUGGAUUGAGAGGAACAUUUAUAGAAGUAGAAGAUUUGCCAAUGCCAACCAUCGCAGCCAUAGAUGGAGUGGCAGUGGGAGGAGGACUAGAGUUGGCUCUAGCUUGUGAUAUCAGAAUUUCUGCAGAUUCUGCAAAAUUGGGCUUAGUGGAAACUGGACGUGGUCUCAUUCCUGGUGCUGGUGGUACUCAAAGGCUUCCCAGGACAGUUCAUCUGAACAUUGCAAAGGAAUUAAUAUUCACAUCAAGAAUUAUUAGUGGUAGCGAAGCCAAAGAAAAGGGACUAGUAAAUCAUGUUGUGCCCCAAAACACUACCAAAACUGCUGCAUUUGAUAUGGCCCUUAAUAUUGCCAGAGAGAUAAUUGUCAAUGCUCCAAUCGCACUUAGAUGUGCCAAGCAAGCCAUAAAUGAGGGUAUACAGCUGACUAUAAAAGAAGGAUAUGAAGUGGAACAGAAGUACUAUGAGAGGAAUGUUCCCACCAAGGAUCGGCAGGAGGGGAUGAUAUCCUUUAUGGAAAAAAGAAAACCAGUCUAUGAAGGUCAUUGACCAUUUACUUUUGUUAAAACAUAAACCUAGUAUGUAAUAAAUCUUGUAAUAACAGCUACUUUUGACUGUAGAAACUACAGCAAUAUUGCAUAUAUUUCUAAAGUUGUUGAAAUUUUUUUUUUUUAUAUUAUUAUAUAAUAUACAUAAUAUAUUUUUGUAUACUAUUGUUGGGGUUAUAGUAAUUUAAGAAUAAUAAGAACAAGUGAAAUGAUGCCAUAUCAAAUGUCAAAAAUAAAUGCAUAUUUUUUAUAAGCACUGGUUUCAUAUAUUGUCAUAAAUAUACCUUUAAAUAUAUUACAACCGGUAUCUUUAAAAUGUUCAAUAUAUACACAAUUAUUUGGUGAUAUCUAUUUUACAUAAUGUGUAUCAUAGAAGAUUAAGACAUUUCUUAACUUCUGCUCUGGUAUCUUCAGGAGACAUUACUUUGUGGCCAAUGGUUCUUUUAUCACUGAAGAUUUCAUAAUCAUUGCCACCUUUUUCAGUUUUAUCACCAAAAAAGUGUAUUUCAUCAUAAUUUGCUUCAGCAACAUGAUUUAAGCAAUAUGUCUUAUCCCAGCCUGCAGGAAAUACAUCUAUACUGAUCUGACCACCCAACGCAAAGGUCAGGCCAUAAUCAGAAAAUUUUUCCUUUAGAGCAUUCACAAACUUUUCUCUAACUUUAUUUUCCAUGUCAUAUGCUGAGAAUUGCUCUCGCUCAACUUGACUGCAGGAACGUCCAACCGGACAAAUAUUUAUCAUACUCGACCGAAACUCCACAAAAUUACCUCUUUUGGCAGGCAGUUCAAUAUCAGACAUGUAUUUAAGUGCAAAAUUAAUAAGUUUCUGCAGCUUCUGCUCACCAAUAUGAUUAAGUAUACUCUGUUUACUUUUCAACACUCCAUUUUGGUAUUGCAUCAGACCAUUUUCACAAAAAACAUAGUCAAACUCAUUAGUUACUUGCUCUCCAUUCAUUUGUUCAACAAUUUUAGUGUAAUCAGAUCCACUCACAAGACCAACAGAGACCCGAGGCUUCAAUUCUUCCAGGAGAAAUCUUUUCAUUUCUUCCUUGAUUACUUGACGUGGUUUAGUUAAUGUACCAUCGACGUCAAAUAAAAAUAAUACAUUUUUGCGUACUGACAUUUUAUACGCGGUAUUCCAGCUCUAUCUGAAUUAGUUUGAAUUUUGGAGGCAAAAUGAGCGGUCAAUAACUGGAGAACGGCAAAAGCCGGCGUGUCAAAAGUUUACAGCAGUCCAGUUUGUCGUGCGACACGUCACUCACUCGCGUCGCGGCAGUGGUUCCAAACACUGAUCACGUCAAUAUGUGCAAGUGGCGGAGUGUUAUUUAUGUUUUAUUACUGUGUUUAUUCGUCACAGAAACAGUUUUAUCUACAAAAGCGAAGAACGUGCUUUUGCUUCUAGCUGACGAUGGCGGGUUCGAAAUUGGCGCAUACCUCAACAAAAUCUGCCAGACGCCCAACAUCGACGCGCUGGCGCAGCGGGGCGUGAUUUUCAAUAACGCAUUCACCUCCGUCAGCAGCUGCUCUCCAAGCCGCGCUGCGCUGCUGACAGGCACCCCCAGCCACCAGAAUGGCAUGUAUGGGCUGCAUCACGGCGUGCACCACUUCAGCUCCUUUGAUAACGUCACCAGCCUGCCCGCCAUCUUGCGCCAGCACGGCGUCUAUACAGGGAUCAUCGGCAAGAAGCACGUGGGUCCCGCGGAGGUGUACCGGUUCGACUUCGAGCAGACGGAGGUGAACAACCCCAUCAACCAGGUGGGCCGGAACAUCACGCACAUGAAGCUGCUGGCGCGCCAAUUCCUCGCCGACGCAAACCAACAACAAAAGCCUUUCUUCCUGUACGUGGGUUUCCACGACCCGCACCGCUGCGGGCACCACGAGGCGCGGUUCGGGGCCUUCUGCGAGCGGUUCGGCUCCGGCGAGGAGGGCAUGGGCCUCAUCCCCGACUGGAAGCCCUGGUACUACCAGUGGGACGAGGUGCAGCUACCCUACCAUGUACAGGACACGGAAGCGGCCAGGAGGGAUAUCGCCGCGCAAUACACGACCAUGUCGCGACUCGAUCAAGGCGUAGCGCUCCUGCUAAAAGAGUUAGAGGCGUCCGGUCACGCGGACGACACGCUCGUAAUGUUCACGUCGGACAACGGCAUCCCGUUUCCGUCGGGGCGCACCAACUUGUACCAGGCGGGGCUCCGCGAGCCGCUCGUGAUGGUGUCCCCGGAGCCCCGCGCGCGCCGCGGCCAGGCCUCCGGCGCCAUGGUCAGCCUGCUCGACCUCGCGCCCACGGUGCUGGAUUGGAUGGGUGUUCCGCAACCGCAGCAGGAAUCCAAUGAGAUACUCCAGCCUGAUCGGCCGAAGAGUUUGCUGCCUAUACUCGAAAAAGAGCCGCCGUACUCGGCCAGUGAGGCGGUGUUCGCGUCGCAGACGCACCACGAGGUGACGAUGUACUACCCGAUGCGCGCCGUCAUCACGCGCCGCUACAAGCUCAUCCACAACCUCAACUUCGGCAUGCCGUUCCCCAUCGACCAGGACCUCUACGUGUCGCCCACCUUCCAGGAUAUCCUGAAUCGCACGCGCAACAAACAGCCGCUGCCGUGGUACAAGAGCCUGCAGCAGUACUACUACCGGCCACAGUGGGAGCUCUACGACCUGCGCCACGACCCCGCCGAGCUCAACAACCUGCACGGUAAGCCGUCUCUUGAAGCGGUGGAGGAUCAGCUCCGGGCCCGCUUGCUGGAAUGGCAGCGCCUCACCCGCGACCCCUGGCGGUGCGCGCCCUCCGCCCUGCUCGACGACAGCGACGCGACCGAGGACCCCGUCUGCCGCAGCCUCGACAACGGCCUGCUGCGGUACCGCGGCCCCGCCUCCACCUCGCCGCCUCGCUGAUGCUGCAGCUCUCAUACUACAAACGUUGGGUCGCACGCGUCAUAAAAUACUCAUCUUCUAAUGUAGAUUAACACUCAACAUCACAUUAGAUAAAGAUUUGAAUUAUAAAUCCUGAUGGUGUCACACCUGAGAAAAUACUCAUUCAAUAAUUUAUAGGGUAUAAUAAUAAGGGUAAAUAGAAAACUUAUAAUUAAUGACAAAGUUGUGAUUAUUCUAGUUUUAUACUUUUGAUUCUAAAUCAAUAAAAAGCAAAUGUAUAUUUGCACAGAACAUUUUUUUUACAAUUUCUUAUAUAUUCAUAUUGAAUACUUUUAGUAUGAUUUAUCUGUAAAAUGGAAUAUACUGACUAACCUGUGCAAAUUAUUAAGUUUAAUUUAGAACAGUUGAACUAUGAUAAAUAAAUAGACAUUACUGAACUUCUUAUCAACUUCUACUAACAAUAAACUGUAAUGUUUUAAACUUUCAUGGUCACUAACAUUAUAGUAAUAUAAGUUAUUAACGGGAUUGUUACCAUGUACCUUGUUUUUAGCGAGUUUCCGAUAUUUCAGUUACUCCGUGAUCAUGGCGCUUUGAACAUGUACCUUACAUGGUAACAAUCCCGUAAAUAACUUAUAUUACUAUAAUAAACUAUAAACAUGCAAGCAGAUAAAAAAAAAUGAUAAAAACAAUUUGUUUACCACAGAUUUAAUAAACAAAUCAACAUACAUUUACAUUUUUAUUUUACAUCCUUGAAACUAGGUAAGUAAAAUCAUAACUUAAUAAAUGAUUCAUCUUAACUAUAACACUUAAAUAAAGAAAUAAAUAUUGAAUAAUCCUGAGACAAAUAAUAAUAAAUAGACAACAUUCCUUAAAUGAAAAAACAAACUUAAUAGAUUUAGCAACAGACAACAUAAUAUUUAAUGUGACAAUAAAACUAAUAGGAUUAACCAGGAUUAACUGACCAUUAUGCUACCGCGGCCCUGACGACCUUGUCGAAUUUUGUGGGUUACCUACAAUGCGAAGAGAUGGCGCAGCCUAAGGCUAGAGAAAAAUUCGACAUGGCCGUCAGGGCCGCGGUAGCAUAAUGGUUAGUGCAUUCGCCUGGAUAGCGAAGGGUGCGGGUUCCAGUCCCGUCUGCUGCCUGGUACGCGUGGAUUUUUUUUCUAGUAAACUUUUCUUUACAUUUAAACAUCUAGCAGUUAAAUGUUUAAAAAAAUAAAACCAUAGCUAAUAGGAUUUAUUAUGAUUAAAAUGUGGAGAAAAAGUUAUUUCAACUUUGUAACAACAAUCAUGCAUCUUAAAUUGUAAUGGUUACAUUUUAUGUAAUUCUUUAAAUGCCAUACUUUCAAUAUUUUAUCAUGUCAAUCCAAUACAUUAAUAAUCGUUAUAAUAAUCCUCCACCCGCUCUAUGUUCCUUGCAAGAUUCUGGUCAAUGUGGUGUACAUUGCUAAUAUACUUCUCCGU